CGUCCGCCGUCGUCGCAGUACGGAGCCCCGUCGCAGGGUCCUCCCUCAUCCCAGUACGGAGCCCCAUCGCAGGGUCCUCCCUCAUCCCAGUACGGUGCUCCGUCUCAGGGUCCUCCCUCAUCCCAGUACGGUCCGCCGUCGCAGGGUCCGCCCUCCUCGCAGUACGGUGCUCCGUCGCAGGGUCCCCCCUCAUCACAGUACGGUGCUCCGUCUCAGGGUCCUCCCUCCUCGCAGUACGGUGCUCCGGCUCCUUCCCGCCCAUCGUCCCAGUACGGUGCCCCGGCGCAGACUCCCUCGAGCCAGUAUGGAGCCCCGUCCCAGACGCCAUCGUCUCAGUACGGUGCCCCAGCACCUCGACCACCAUCAUCCCAGUACGGAGCUCCUUCCCAGUCUUCAUCCAGUCAAUUCGGAGCUCCCGCUCAAGCCCCAUCGAGCCAGUAUGGUGCCCCUGCCCAGACCCCGUCCAGUCAGUACGGCGCUCCAUCCCAGCCUCCAUCUAGCCAGUACGGCGCUCCGGCUAGGCCUCCUUCUAGCCAGUAUGGAGCUCCUUCUCAGACUCCUUCUAGCCAGUAUGGAGCUCCUUCCCAGACUCCCUCGAGCCAAUACGGAGCUCCCAGCUUCGGUGGUGGCUCCUCGUUCGGCGGCAGCGGCGGCGGCAACGGUUUCAGCGGAGGCAGCUACCAGGCCGGCUCGAGCGGUAACGGAUUCUCGCAGGCCUCGUUCUCGGCCAGCACCUUCUCCUCGAACGGCCGAUCGUCGCACUCGGGCGGUGGCUACAGUUCCGGCGGUCCGUCACAUUCCGGAGGCGGCGGCAGCGGCGGUGGGUACAGUUCCGGUGGCCCACAGCAGGUCCCGGCCACACUGCCCCAGUCGUACUCCUCGAACGGAGGCUACAACUACUGAGCUUCGGGGGCCGGCUCGUGGAGGUGCCAC